AAUACUACACAGUAAUUUAUCCUUGGGAAAAAGCAGCAAUGCAUUGCUAGAAAAUAGAGAUAACGUCGUCGUUUUAAGGGUUAACGCAUCAUGGGAAUAACCUUGAGCGAGCAAUAAGCGCUGAUAGGAAAACGAGGGAAAUGAAGCGGAGUAUCCAAUCCAGAUACUAUGGCUGCUCUCAGUCACCAAAUCUGCCCUUCCACUCUACCAUUGUUGCACAGUUCCUCCCAAAAUCCAAUUCUUUCAAAACCUCAGCUUUCUGUUUGUUCUAAGCUUUCGAGGCCUUCAUUUUCUCUAUUUGCUGCUCAACCCAAUUCCUCUUCUCAAUCUUCUCCUUCCAUUUUCCUCCCUCUCCUAGAAAAUGCACGAAUUGAUCAACGGGAGCAAGAGAUAGAGAAACAAGAGGAAGAGGACGAGAACCUCACAGACCCAAUCAUCAGAUUCUUCAAAUCCCGCACUUCAACCCAAGAUCCGACCCACGAAGGCAAAUUCUCCCUCCAGAAAAACCGCCGCACUCUGUGGCGCCUCUCGACGGACUUCCAAUCCGAUGCUGAACCUGAUAUUGAAGAUGUUUUUACCAAAAAUGAAAACCGACAUAUUGGUUCUGCAAGUUCGGAUUCGAUUCCAUUGCCUGAGGGAAUUGUGCGGGAAAUAAUCCAAGUUGCCAGGGACUUACCUGAGAAUUCUACGUUGGGAGAGCAAUUGAGUGCUUUUGAGGGGAGGAUUAGUGCAACAGAGUGUCUAGAGGUGUUGGGAUUGAUGGGCGAUGAGGGUAUGAUGACUUGCUGCUUAUAUUUCUUUGAGUGGAUGCGAUUGCAGGAGCCAUCUCUCGUCACUCCUCGUGCUUGUACUGUUUUGUUUCCAAUAUUGGGAAGGGCUGGGAUGGGUGAUAAAUUGAUGAUUCUGUUCAGGAACUUGCCUCAGAAUAAGGAGUUUGGAGAUGUUCAUGUUUACAAUGCUGCUAUUUCUGGCCUUCUCUGUUGCGAAAGGUAUGAUGAUGCAUGUAAGGUGUAUGAGACCAUGGAAGCAAAUGGCAUAUCUCCAGAUCACGUGACAUGUUCUAUAAUGAUUACAGUGAUGAGGAAAAUGGCCCGUAGUGCAAAAGAGGCUUGGGAGUUUUUUGAGAGAAUGAAUAGGAAGGGAGUCAAAUGGAGUCCAGAAGUUCUGGGUGCUUUGAUAAAAUCAUUCUGUGAUGAGGGACUGAAGAAUGAAGCCCUAAUUAUCCAAGUAGAAAUGGCAAGGAAAGGGAUUUCUUCAAAUGUUAUUGUAUAUAACACAUUAAUGGAUGCUUUUAAUAAAUCCAACCAAAUUGAAGAAGUUGAGGGUCUCUUUACUGAGAUGAAAGGUAAAGGCCUUAAGCCAACAUCUGCUACCUUUAACAUUCUUAUGGAUGCCUACAGCAGAAGAAUGCAGCCUGAGAUAGUUGAGAAAUUGCUGCUAGAAAUGCAGGAUGCAGGAUUACAGCCUGAUGCCAGAUCAUAUACAUGCUUAAUAAGCGCAUAUGGGAGGCAGAAGAAAAUGAGUGAUAUGGCUGCGGAUGCAUUCUUGAAAAUGAAGAAAGUUGGUAUAAAACCUACUUCACAUUCUUAUACAGCUCUUAUCCAUGCUUAUUCAGUUAGUGGUUGGCAUGAAAAAGCCUACAUUGCAUUUGAGCAUAUGCAAAGAGAAGGAGUCAAACCCUCUGUAGAAACCUACACUGCUCUGCUGGAUGCAUUUAGACGUGCUGGUGACGCCCAAAUGCUAAUGAAAAUUUGGAAAUUGAUGAUAAGAGAAAAAGUUGAAGGGACAAGGGUCACAUUCAACAUUCUUCUUGAUGGGUUUGCUAAACAAGGUCACUAUGUGGAAGCAAGAGAUGUGAUAUCUGAAUUUGGGAAGUUUGGCUUGCAGCCAACAGUGAUAACAUACAAUAUGCUGAUGAACGCAUAUGGUCGGGGAGGGCAACACUCAAAGUUGCCACAGCUAUUGAAAGAAAUGGCAGCUCUCGAUUUAAAACCUGAUUCUGUUACUUACUUGACCAUGAUAUAUGCAUUUAUCCGUGUUCGAGAUUUCAGGAGGGCGUUCUUCUAUCACAAGAAGAUGGUGAAAAGUGGGCAAGUGCCAGAUGCCAAGUCUUAUCAAAAGCUUAGGGCAUUACUGGAGGUAAAAGCUAAGGUAAAGAACAGGAGGGACCGGAGUGCCAUACUUGGUAUAAUUAAUAGCCGGAUGGGUUUGUUGAAAGUUAAGAAGAAAGGAAAGAAAGAUGAGUUCUGGAAGCACAAGAAAAGGGAUCCAAGAAUGAUCCCAAGAAUGCAUAAUGCUGAUCAUGAAUCACGAUAGAGAUGGACGAUGAUUGUGCCUGUUUUGAGCUUUAUAAUGUAAGAAACGUCUGUUCACCUAUGUGGCCUUCUUCAGGCAUAAUGUAUCUUUUGCUCUUCACUUGACAACCUGUCCUCCGGAGGUGUGAUCUUUAAUUUGUAUAUAGGGGUGGUGCCAAAAAGAUGAUGGCUUUUCCAGCUAACCACAUUAACAUUCUUACGAGUAACUUAGCCAGUUUUUUCGUCCUGUAUGAAACAGUACAAGAAUAUUUGGAAAUGGUGGUGGAUGUUUCCAAGUCUCCAGGUGCUGCAGGAAGUCAUUAAUCUAAAUUCUUCAUGGCGGAUGCGUCAUAGCUUUCUAACGCACAUA